AUGGCUUCCUAUCGUCACCCAGUCUUGCGGCUUCCAGAAUUAGCUCGUUGCAUUCUCCAAGAGUGCGAUGUUCAAAUAACAUCGUCCCUAACAUCAUGGUUUUGGAUGCUGAACUCUCGAUCAUAUGGCGCGAAUCUUGCAGAGUGGUUUUGCUUUUGGGGAGAAUUUAUGCACAGCCCAUUGAACCAUCGAAGACAAUGCCGCCGACUGGAACCACUCCCGAGAAUCCGUCGUCUUCUGCUUACCGAUACUAUCGUUUUGCCCUUUAUUCACAAUGUGAUAUCGACUAGUUCAAGCAAUGGGCCUCUUUUCCAUGCUGGAAGCUCUCGACCUUCGCAACACUUACUCGCCAACCCACCAACAUCACCACAUCGUCCUUCAGAGCUCAUCUGUCCUAAACGAAGAUUAUCUGGUAGAUUUCGUGGAGCCACGCCUCUUCUCAUGCCACGUUUGAAGCUCCUCAAGCUUCGAAUUUCGCCUCCAAUUUCACCGUGUCUACGCGCGGCUUUCGCCAAGGUUAUACAUGCACCAAGCGGAUCGCUCGAACACCUAUUCUUUCCCCCCGCUUCACGGUCUGACGAUCUCCAAAUGAAAUCCGUUACGUUCCAUCAUCCGAAUUUGAAAACGGUGCUUUCCUUCGCUGUGGAGCUCUAUAACACGAUUAUCUAUCACAUUCAUGUUCUCCCCGCGUUACCACUAGCAUCUACACCGUUUCGCUUCUCCCUGGCAACUCGACUUGGUCUUGGUUUGCCCUACCUCUCGCAUGAUGCAAUCUUCCGAGCGACCUUCCUUCCCCGCGGAACUUGGUCAGCCGUACGAUUCAAGGCCACCCACUGA